AUGCUGCACCACCACGGUGGCGCCGGGUCCCCGUACAUGGCCCCGACGACGACGACGGCUGGCACGGGCACGGCCCCGUUCUCACCGACGCCGACGGGGCCCGCCAUCGUGUCUGUCACCGACAUCCCAGCCGCCUCGCCGACGAUGCAGCUGCAGCCGGCGGAGCCGAGUGCUAUUUUCGAGGAAUUACCAGCGGGCGGCUCCGGCUCCGGCUCCGGCGCCGGUGCCGCGGCCAGCAUCCAAGACGACGACAUGCAGGCCGACUUCGGCGCCAGCGGCGCGGGAGCGUCCGGCUCGGGCGGCCACCACCGGUGGCCGCGCGAGGAGACGCUGGCGCUCAUCAGGAUCCGGACGGAGAUGGACGCCGACUUCCGGAACGCCCCCCUCAAAGCGCCGCUGUGGGAGGACGUCGCCAGGAAGCUUGCAGGGCUGGGCUACCAACGGAGCGCCAAGAAGUGCAAGGAGAAGUUCGAGAACGUGGACAAGUACUACAAGCGCACCAAGGACGCCCGCGCCGGGCGCCAGGACGGCAAGAGCUAUCGCUUCUUCUCGCAGCUCGAGGCGCUGCACGCCGCGGCGCCGCCGCCGCAGCAGCUGCUGCCGCUGCCGCUGCCGCCCCCCUCGGGCAUGAGCGUGACCACGGUGCAAGCUGGCCCUCAUCAGCCGGCGGCAAUGGCAUGGACGGCGGGCCCUAAGGCGCUGGGCCCACCCACCGGCGCCGGCCUGCUGGACCUCAGCUUCUCGUCGAUGUCAGGGUCAGAGUCCGACUCCGACUCCGACUCCUACUCGGAUGACUACGACGACUCUGAUGCCGGUGAGCAGGGCCUCGGCAGGGGCGAGUGCGACAGGGAGAUGGUGGCGAUCUUCGAGGGGAUGAUGAAGCAGGUCACGGACAAGCAAGACGCCAUGCAGCGCGUGUUCCUGGAGACGCUGCAGCGGUGGGAGGCGGAGCGCACGGCGCGCGAGGAGGCGUGGCGGCGGCAGGAGGUCUCCCGCAUGAACCGCGAGCGCGAGCAGCUCGCCAGGGAGCGCGCCGCCGCGGCCUCCCGCGACGCCGCGCUGAUCGCGUUCCUCCAGCGCGUCGGCGGGGGGCAGGGGCAGCCCGCGCGGCUCCCUCCGCACAGCGCCGGCAUCGUGCCCGCGCCGCCAAUGCCGGACCGCACCCCUCCGUCGCCUCGGCACGACGCGGCGGCCACCUCGCUUCAGCAGCUGGUGCCCGGGCCGCUCAAUGCGGUGGAGGCCUUGGCGUGGGCGGGAGGCGAGGGCAGCGGGUCCUCGUCGUCGUCGCGGUGGCCCAAGGAGGAAGUGGAGGCGCUGAUCCAGAUGCGGAACGAGAAGGACGAGCAGUACCAGGACGCGGGGGCCAAGGGGCCGCUUUGGGAGGACAUCGCCGCCGGGAUGCGCAGGAUCGGGUACAACCGGAGCGCCAAGCGGUGCAAGGAGAAGUGGGAGAACAUCAACAAGUACUACAAGAAGGUGAAGGAGAGCAACAAGAGGCGCCCCGAGGACUCCAAGACCUGCCCUUACUUCCACCAGCUCGACGCCAUGUACCUCAAGAAACACCGUGGCGGCGGCAGAGGCAGCAGAACCGCAUCUGGAGCGAACAUGGCCACCGCCGUCACCGUCGCCGCCGUCGCCGUCGCUGCUACCGUGCAGGACAACCCGAGCCAGCGCGAGCUCGAGGGAAAGAGCAGCAACGAUGUCGACAACCGGAAGAAUGAUGACCAGGGAAACGUGCAGGCUUCUCCCGGCAACGGCGAUACAGCACCGACGACCACCCCGCCUGGUGACGGCGCCAAAAACAAGACGGCAGAGGACAGUGUGAAUGAAACAAAUGUGCAGCAUCAGCACCAGCAGCAGCAGGAGUUCAGUGCGGACGAGACGGACAGCGACGACGACAUCAACAUGGCAAGAGACCACACAGUCUACACUGAAGAAGGGAACGACGAAGACAAAAUGAAGUACAAGAUGGGCGUCCACAAGCCUGAUGUGAUCGGGAGCAGCGGCAACGUACCUACACCAGCAGCAGCAGCAGCAGCAGCACCACCACCACCACCAGCAGCAGCAGCAGCACCACCACCACCACCAGCAGCAGCAGCAGCAGCGACGGCUGCGGCACCGACGAGUUCAGCUGCCCCAACGAGCAGCACCUUCCUUGCCGUUCAGUAG